AUGUCAACUUCAUUCCCAGGACUGGUCCACGAUUCUGAGAUACGUCAUGAUGGAUCAAACAGUUACCGUUUGAUGCAGCUUGGUUGUCUGGAGUCUGUGGCCAACUCCAGUGUCGCCUAUUCUUCCACGUCUCCUCUAACUUAUUCCACCACUGGAACCGAUUUCACUUCCCCGUAUUUUUCUUCAAAUCACCAGUAUACUCCACUCCACCAUCAGUCCUUCCACUAUGAGUUCCAGCAUGGCCACCCGGCGGUCAACCCUGACGCUUACUCCUUAAAUUCCUUGCACCAUUCUCAGCAAUACUACCAGCAGAUCCACCAUGGGGAGCCUACAGAUUUUAUUAACCUCCAUAAUGCCAGGGCGCUCAAGUCCUCCUGCCUGGACGAUCAGAGGAGAGACUUUGGCUGUCUAGAUGCCUACAGACGGCAUGACUUGUCUCUCAUGAGCCACGGAUCUCAGUAUGGCAUGCACCCAGAUCAAAGGCUUUUAUCUGGAUCCAGCUUGGGUCUUGGAGGUGCUGGAGGGGAUGAUUUCCAGGGAUCUGUGGAGGCCCAGUGUGGACUUGUGCUGAACAGUCAAGGAGGAGUGAUAAGAAGAGGAGGUACCUGCGUAGUAAACCCCACAGACCUGUUCUGCUCAGUUCCUGGCCGCCUCUCUUUGCUAAGCUCCACAUCAAAAUACAAGGUCACCAUAGCAGAAGUGAAAAGACGUCUCUCUCCUCCUGAAUGCCUCAAUGCUUCUCUCCUGGGUGGUAUAUUACGAAGGGCAAAAUCGAAAAAUGGGGGUCGUUGCCUAAGAGAGAAGUUGGACAGGCUUGGUUUAAACUUACCUGCAGGCAGACGAAAAGCUGCUAAUGUAACACUGUUGACAUCCUUAGUGGAAGGAGAGGCUUUGCAUUUAGCCCGAGAUUUUGGAUACACUUGUGAGACAGAGUUUCCAGCAAAAGCUGUGGGAGAACAUCUGGCUAGGCAGCACAUGGAACAGAAGGAGCAGACUGCAAGGAAAAAGAUGAUACUCGCCACAAAGCAAAUCUGCAAAGAAUUUCAGGACCUCCUCAGUCAAGACAGGUCCCCACUGGGUUCCUCAAGGCCAACUCCAAUCCUAGACCUUGAUAUUCAGAGACACUUAACGCAUUUCAGCCUGAUUACUCACGGUUUCGGGACUCCAGCAAUUUGCGCAGCUCUAAGCACCUUCCAAACCGUUCUAAGUGAGAUGCUCAAUUAUUUGGAGAAGCACACAAAUAAAUCUGGUGGGGUAUCAGAAGGUAGCCAAGGAAACAGCAACUCCGAAAAGGGACCCCUGAGAAAAUCAUCAGACGUUGUCGUUAAAGAUGCCAAGACUGAAAAAACUGACUAG